AUGGCAUCUGGCAGCGUCGUCGACGAGGCCACAAGAACGCGCAACCGUUUCCACAACUCAUCCACGACCGAGGCCGGUCGUCGGCCCCCCGACUCGGAGCGCCAUGUUGACAUCAACGCCAACGUUGAAGCCAGAAUCAAGAACCCGCUCAUCGGUGUCACACGACGAACUCUUCUCUCCGAUGUCGACGAAUUCUGCCGCCUCAAGGGCCUCGACGCACACCGCGACAUAUUUCGCAAGGGAGCUCUCGUCGCCCAAGACCCCACUGGCUACGAGGACAUCACGGGCGAAGAGGCACUGACCGACGAGGAAAUCGAAGUCCUUCGCAACGAGGUCCUCUACAAGUGGCGCGUUCCAAAGGUCCUCUACCUCACCAUCGUCACCUGCUCCAUCGGCGCUGCUGUCCAGGGCUGGGACCAAACCGGCUCCAAUGGCGCCAAUCUUCAGUUUCCCGCUGCCCUAGGUAUCGGCUCUCAGAGCAUCGAGGAUAAAAUCCUCGUUGGCGUCGUCAAUGCCGCUCCCUACAUCGGGACGGCCCUGUUUGGUUGCUGGCUGUCGGAUCCCAUUAACAACUACUUUGGCCGCCGCGGCACCAUCUUUAUCGCCGCCAAUUUCUGUCUGUGGCCCGUUCUCGCUUGCGCCUUCUGCAACACCUGGGUCCAGCUUCUUGGCUGUCGCCUCCUGCUGGGUGUCGGCAUGGGCACAAAAGCAGCGACAGUCCCUAUCUUUGCAGCAGAAAAUUCUCCGGCGCCCAUCCGAGGUGCCCUCGUCAUGAGCUGGCAGCUGUGGACGGCCUUUGGCAUCUUUCUUGGCACCUGCGCCAACUUGAUAGGUCUUAGCAUAGGCGAGUACGCCUGGAGAUACCAGCUUGGAUCGGCCUUUAUCCCCGCCGUACCGCUCGUCAUACUCAUUUUCUUUUGCCCUGAAUCGCCUCGCUGGUACAUCAAAAAGGACCGAUAUCAAGACGCCCUGGGUUCGCUGCUUCGCCUGCGCAACAGUCCCGUCCAGGCCGCCCGCGACCUGUACUAUAUCCACGUCCAGCUGCAGGUCGAGCGCGGGUUCAUCGUCCACGGCAACUACGUGGGCCGAUUCAUCGAGCUCUUCACCAUUCCUAGGCUCCGUCGCGCAACCCUCGCCUCGUUUGUUGUCAUGGUUGCGCAGCAAAUGUGUGGUAUCAAUAUCAUCGCAUUCUACUCGUCGUCGAUUUUUCUCGACACCCAGGCCACCACUUUUGAAGCCCUCAUGGCCACGUGGGGCUUUGGACUCGUCAACUUUCUCUUCGCUUUCCCGGCCAUCUGGACCAUUGAUACCUUUGGGCGACGAUCUCUCCUGCUCUUCACAUUUCCCCAGAUGGCCUGGACGCUACUAGCAGCCGGCCUCUGCACCUUGAUUCCAAACGAAUACAGCAAGGUGCACAUGGGCUUCGUCUCCCUCUUCGUCUUCCUCUUCGCCGCCUUCUAUUCGCCGGGCGAAGGGCCCGUUCCCUUCACCUACUCGGCCGAGGUGUUCCCCCUGUCGCACCGCGAGGUCGGCAUGUCUUGGGCGGUGGCGACAUGCUUGUUCUGGGCCUCGGUGCUCUCCAUCACGUUCCCGCUGAUGCUCGCCCGGCUGGGUGUCCUCGGCUCGUUUGGGCUGUAUUCCGUCUUCAACAUACUGGCGCUCGUCAUGAUCUUCCUGUGGGUCCCCGAGACGAAGCAGCGGACGCUGGAGGAGCUGGACUACAUCUUUGGUGUCCCGACGAGAGUCUUCAUGAGGUAUCAAGUCACCAAGGCCCUGCCCUGGUGGUUCAAGCGGUGGAUUCUCCUCCGCAAGGAUGCGACCCUUGAGCCUCUUUACCGCCUCGACGUGGCCGACCACCAGGAAGACGAGCAAGAAAGCACAGACAACGGCUUCGAGAACGACAAGGCCAGAAUAGAGAUCAAAGACCUCGCCGGCUUUUCGAGUAGGGCGACGACGGAAGCCCAAGCAAACUCCCCCGCUCCUCGGUGA